CUGCGAUAUGAUACGCAACACCCGAAUCAAGGCGAGAGGUUCAUAUUCGUUGACAACACGGGCCAUUCCAGACUUUUUCGUCGGACUUCAGUUUGGUGGUUGGUGGAGUUUCAUACUGCUGCUGUUUCUCUUUACACACGUGAGUCACUGGCAAUGGUGGAGUUCAUAGUCAGUUAGUGACAAGGAAGAAGAUGAGUACUAAGUAAUGUAGCCGGUUUGUCUAAAAGAUGGUGAAGCACUUGGCUGCGUCUGUCUCAUCAUCGUCGAGAGUGCGCGUCGUGCUAUACUU